AUGGUCAUCGAGGAGACAAGAGAAGCACCUCAAAGAUAUGCGCCGCGCCGUUACACCAUCCAACCUGCAAACUCACCCCUGUGCGCGGACAUUCUGGAAGAACCAAUGGAGAAAUUGAAGUUCCCACUCUGCAAGUACGACGGAUCCACAGAUCCGGAGGUGCACUGCAACACGUUCGAACAACAUAUGAUGCUGUAUACAGAUUCCGAUGCCAUGUGGUGCAAGGUGUUUCCUUCUACACUCCUGGGAGUGGCGUCCGGGUGGUAUAAGGGAUUGCCAAAAGGGUCAGUGUACAAUUACCGGCAAUUGGAAGCAGAGUUCAUGCUCCGGUUUAUCAAUCGGCAGCAGAGAAAGAAAACGUCAGGAGAACUAAUGGCAGUCACCCAAAGGAGCGGAGAGUCCUUGAGAGAUUACCUUACCAGAUUCAACAACGAGUCUACCAGCAUACCAAACUUGCAACAAGAAAUAGCCGUAGUGGCCCUGAUGAGAGGAAUGAACCACUGCGAGUUCAAAAAAUAUUUGGGAAGGAAAUCCUUCACGGAUCUGGGAAGCGCACUGGUGAAGGCCCAUGAAUACAUUAAAAGCGACGAACUGAUGACAAUCCCAAACCAUUAUCAGUCGGCACCGACUAGAAAUGUCGCACCUAGGCCGGCUCAGCAGACACAACAACAACAAAGUAGGGGAUUCAGGAAGGAUGAUUAG